AUGAAUAGCAAGAUCAGGAUGCCUGGGAACACUAAGACUUUGGACCCUCGUUAUUUUGUGCUCAUAAGACCAUUGCCCAUCCCCACACAGAAAGGUGCAAAGGUCCAAGCUAGAAGUAGCACCGUUUAUAACUGCUGGGAAUCCACAAGGGAGCAAAUGUUUUGGGAGAACUACCACAGGAGACACAAGCAACUCACUCAGCAUGGGUAUUGGACACCCAGCUGGAAACCUUACCAGGAGCUUGGAGAAAUUCUCUACCUAGAGCCAAAGAAACUCACCCUCCACUAUUUAGGACAGAUGCCCCAGGAACCAAUAAAAGAGGAGGUAUCCACUGCUCAGGAAGAAGUACUAAAGAAAGUGGAUGCAGUGACUAUUGCAAAGAUUUCCCCAAGACCAAAGUCUACUACACAAGAACCUUUGAAGAUGCCCCCACCAUUUAAACAAAUAGAAAAGGAUCUGAAGACUCUUAGUAAAGAUCUUACUCACACGAGGCAUUUGAUCAGUUCAGUGAAGCAGGGUCGGGGGUAUUUCCACACUCUUCAGAAAGAAACGUUGGAGAGGAAGAAUGCACUGAAAUCAGCACGGCAAAAACAAAAGGAAAAAUGGCGAACUGAAUGGCAGCCACCCAGAGACUCAUCAGAUGAGGAAGACUCUGAUGAAGAGCUAACUGAUUUCUUUUUAACAGAAGGUCCCCUGCUGAGGAAGAAGGCAAAGAAGAAAAAGAAGACUAUCAUACAGCCUUUCAUCCCUGUCUACAACAGUCUUUUGGUUCCACAGCCACCUGCAUCACAUGCUGAACCCCUCUUUCGACAGCUUUGUGCUCUACACUGGCUCUUGGAGGCUUUGACUCUCGAACCCAACUGUUCCUUAAAACCUGUGUUAACCUGCUGGAAUCCAAAGGACCCUGGUGGCAGUAAAAGUACAUUUAAAAAAAUCAAUAAGGACAAGGCAGCAAGGUAUAGAUGGGAGCACUUUAUCAUGGAUACAAAGAAAUCCUGCCAGAAAGCACCACGUAGUCAGCUUAGCAGGAAGACAAACAAGAAAACAUCUAUCAUAAGCGUCUCUCGGCUUAGUGGUCUGUCAUCUCCCCAUAGUCGAACUCCUCUGGGCAGCAUAAGUUCCCUAGUCCUCAGCUCUGAAGACAAUACCAAUGUGAAUACAGCUCCCAUUGAUGUCACCAAGGAAUGUGAAGACAGUGAGUCAGUACAGAGCAAACAAACCAGAGAGGAUGAAGAGCCUGUUUCCCACUACCUACAGAAAUUACUCCAGACCAUAUACGAAGAUGUGGCAAAGAAUUUCAGUUCAGAAGAUAUUGUUAAGAAGACCAGACUGCACAGUUCACCACCAGUAUAUCAAAGGACUGAGAGAACAAGCCUAACAGCCUUUAAGGACCAGGAGAGCAUACUGGGGCAGAGACCUAAAAGUUCACUAUCGGUGACUCUGAAGGAUGACAGAGUAAACACAACAUCCAAGUACCAAGAGAGCUUAACAUCACUGGACCAGAGGCCUAAAAGUUCACUAUCUGUGACUCUGAGGGAGGACAAAACAACCACAGCAACCUUUAAGGAGGAGGAGAGCACAAAGCACAUAAAGAGGCCUAAAAGCUCCCAUGCCAGCUAUUUCAUUCAAAGUAAAUAUAAUUUGUGUGCUGAGAUGAGGCAGAAGUUCUCUGCAGUAGCUGAAGAAGCAGCUUUUUGUUUGCAUGACAACCUGGAGAUCCUUGAACGGAGGCGGGAGGAGAAGAGUUCUCAGAAAUACCAAUCUUUAAAAAACAUCACGUAUUUUGAGAGAGACCUAGAAAGAAUGAGACAGUGUGGCCUGAGAGCUGAAAGAGAACAUGAUGAAGAUGAACGCAACUGGUUUUCCAGUUUGCUGUCCAGAAUCCCGGAUGCUGUGAAGAAUGACAGUCACACACACAGAAUCUUAAAGAAACUGGAAAAGUUUGGCAAGAACCCGGAUGUGAGAAUCCGUCCCACCACCUUUCUGAAGGUGCUGAGUGAGCUACGUGUAUGGGAGUUGUGUUCUCCAGACAUCUGUGCAGCCGUGGAGUUUGUGCGUGAAAAUAUUGUUCAGAUGCCAGAAGAGGAUUACAAAGCAUGGCUUCAGACUCGAGUCAGAAUCCCCAGAAGAGCUCAUAGUGCUCCCCCCUUGUGCUGA